AUGCUCCAGGAGAAAAGCCUGUCUGAAACCGAGGAAGGGUUUCCAACAGCCCCCGCACCCGGCCAUGCGGACUCCUCCGCGGGCUCCCCCGUCCUCGGCGUAGCCGGGGGCAGCAGCACUCCGCUCAGCAGCCCGCAGCUCCCCGACCCCGAGCAGACGAUAGAAAAUAUCAAAGUCUAUCUCCACGAGAAGGAGCUAUGGAAGAAGUUCCAUGAAGCGGGCACCGAAAUGAUCAUAACCAAAGCAGGCAGGAGGAUGUUUCCCAGCUACAAGGUCAAAGUGACUGGAAUGAAUCCCAAGACCAAGUACAUUCUGUUGAUUGACAUCGUCCCGGCCGAUGACCACCGGUACAAAUUCUGCGACAAUAAAUGGAUGGUGGCUGGGAAGGCAGAGCCGGCCAUGCCGGGCCGGCUGUAUGUGCAUCCUGACUCACCUGCCACUGGAGCGCACUGGAUGAGGCAGCUCGUGUCCUUCCAGAAGCUGAAGCUCACCAACAACCACCUGGAUCCCUUCGGGCAUAUUAUCCUCAAUUCAAUGCACAAAUACCAGCCACGGCUGCACAUUGUGAAGGCAGAUGAGAACAACGCUUUUGGCUCGAAGAACACGGCAUUCUGCACCCACGUGUUUCCAGAGACGUCCUUUAUCUCGGUGACCUCCUACCAGAACCACAAGAUAACUCAGUUGAAAAUUGAGAACAACCCCUUUGCGAAGGGAUUCAGGGGAAGCGACGACAGCGACCUGCGCGUGGCACGGCUCCAAAGCAAAGAAUACCCAGUGAUUUCCAAAAGCAUCAUGAGGCAGAGGUUGGUGUCCAGCCAUGGCCAGCUCUCCACCAAGCCAGAUGUUAACCCGCUCCAUGGCAGUCACCAGACCCUCCAACACUACCAGUACGAGAACGGUGCUCACAUGCAGUUCGCAGCCUCAGAUACUCAAGAUCUGUCACUCAACACCUUCACAGCACAGAGAGAUUCAGGGCUCUUCUAUCACUGCCUGAAGAGAAGAGAAAGCGCGCGGCACCUGGACCUGCCCUGCAAGCGUUCCUACCUGGAGGCCUCCUCGUCAGUGGGUGAUGAUCACUACUUCCGCUCCCCACCACCCUACGAGCAGCAGAUGCUGAGCCCGUCCUACUGCAGCGAGGUGGCCCCACGGGAAGCCUGCAUGUACUCUGGGUCAGGGGCUGAGAUCGCAGGCGUGCCGGCGGUGGAUGACUUGCCGCCUCCGCCUCCCCCGCUGAGCUGCAAUAUGUGGACUUCAGUCGCACCUUACACCAGCUACAGUGUUCAGACAAUGGAAACUGUGCCCUACCAGCCCUUUCCAGCCCAUUUCACAGCCACCACCAUGAUGCCGCGGCUCCCGUCCAUCGCGGGGCAGGGCUCACAGCCCCCGGGGAACAGCCACUUCAGUGUCUACAACCAGCUGGCCCAGUCUCAGGUUCGGGAGCGCGUCCCCCCAUCGUCUUUCCCAAGGGAAAGAGUGCACCCGUCCGUGUGUGAGAGGAAGCCGCCUUCCCCACACCUCAACGCUGCCAAUGAGUUCCUCUACUCCCAAAGCUUCUCCUUGUCGCGGGAGUCCUCGCUGCAGUACCAUUCAGGAAUGGGGACGGUGGAGAACUGGACGGACGGGUGA